AUGAAUAGCGAAUUUCUGGCGGAGCUGCCUUGGGAGGAUGGGUUCGCCAUCCCAGUGGCGAACCAGGAGAACAAGAUACUGGAAGACCAGUUAUCAAAGCUUCAGGAUGAAAGAUCAAACUUGCAAGAUCAGCUUCGUGAUUGUGAAGAGCGAAUUAAUGCUAUGACUUCUCACUUCAAAAAUGUUAAGCAAGAAUUCUCAUUUACACAGUGUCUUUAUAAAGCAAGGGAGCAUGAGAUUGAAAGUGAAGAACAUUUUAAGGCCAUUGCUGAAAGAGAAUUGGGAAGAGUGAAGGAUGAAAUCAGACGACUAGAAAAUGAGAUGGAUUCAAUACGGGAAAGGAAAAGUGAUAAGGAAAAUGGCAUAUUUAAAGCUACCCAAAAACUGGAUGGUUUGAAAUGUCAAAUGAACUGGGACCAGCAAGCAUUGGAAGCCUGGUUAGAAGAAUCAGCUCAUAAAGACAGUGAUGCCCUUACUCUGCAGAAGUAUGCUCAGCAAGAUGACAAUAAAAUCAGGGCUCUGACCCUGCAACUAGAAAGACUAACUUUGGAAUGUAAUCAGAGAAGAAAGAUUCUUGACAAUGAGCUCACAGAGACUCUAAGUGCACAGUUAGAAUUGGAUAAAGCAGCACAAGAUUUUCGUAAGAUUCAUAAUGAAAGACAAGAACUCAUUAAACAGUGGGAGAACACAAUAGAACAGAUGCAGAAGAGGGAUCAAGAGAUAGAUAACUGUGCCUUGGCAUUAGCAAGGAUAAAGCAGGAAACAAGAGAAAAAGAAAGUUUGGCUAAAGAAAAGAUCAAGUUUUUGGAAAAUGAGAUUGGAAAUAACAUGGAAUAUGAGAAAAGAAUUUCUGAUGCUGAUCGUAAAGUUUUAAAAUGUAGAGCAGAGUACCAGCGCCAUGAAGAUAGUAGAAUUCAGCUGAAGGAUGAGCUGGAUUCUUUAAAAGCCACUGUGAAUAGAACUUCCAGUGAGUUAGAAGCUCUGAGGAGAAAUAUUUCCAAAAUCAAGAAGGACAUUCAUGAAGAAACAACAAGGUUACAAAAAAUGAAAAGUAACAAUCAGAUUGUAAACAAAAAAUUAAAACACAUAACUGAGAAAACCAUGACUAUAGAAGAGAAAGCUACCAAUUUGGAAGAUAUGCUGAAGGAGGAGGAAAAAGGUGUAAAGGAAGUGGAAGUUCAAUUGAACAUAGUGAAAGAUGUGCUAUUUAAGAAAGUUCAGGAGUUACAGACUGAGACAAUGAAGGAAAAAGCUAUUGUAUCAGAAAUCGAAGGAACCCGUUCCUCUCUGAAACAUCUCAACCAUCAAUUACAUAGACUGGAUUUUGAAACCUUGAAGCAGCAAGAAAUUAUGUACAGUCAGGAUUUUUACAUUCAACAAGUGGAACGAAGAAUGUCAUGGCUAAAGGGAGAGAUUAAUUCAGAAGAGAAACAAGCCCUUGAAGCAAAAAUUGUUGAACUUAAGAAAUCAUUGGAAGAGAAAAAAUCCACAUUUGACCUUUUGGAAACACAGAUCAAGAAGCUUCAUAAUGAUCUUUACUUCAUCAAGAAGUCAAAUAGUAAAAAUUCUGAUGAAAAACAGUCUCUCAUGACUAAAGUAAAUGAACUAAACCUUUUCAUUGACAGAUCUGAGAAAGAACUUAAUAAAGCCAAAACUUUUAAGCAGGAUUUGAUGAUAGAGGACAAUCUUUUAAAACUUGAGGUUAAACGUACUCGAGAAAUGCUUCAUAGUAAGGCAGAAGAAGUUCUUUCCUUGGAAAAAAGAAAACAGCAGUUGCGUGCAGUCAUGGAGGAGCGAACGGAAGAAAUUAAGGUGCACAAAACAAUGCUAGGUGCACAAAUAAGAUGUGUUGAUCAAGAACGGCAAAACAUAAGUUAUGAGUUUCAUGAGCGGCUAAGUAAAAUUGAUAAGAUGAAGAAUAGAUACGAAAUUCUUACUGUCGUUAUGCUGCCUCCUGAAGGAGAAGAGGAGAAAACACAGACCUACUAUGUAAUAAAGGCUGCUCAAGAAAAAGAAGAACUUCAAAGAGAAGGUGACAGUUUGGACGCUAGGAUCAACAAAGCUGAAAAAGAAAUCUGUGCUCUAGAAAACACCUUGCAAGUCCUAAAGAGCUGCAACAACAAUUACAAGCAAUCUUUUAAGAAAGUGACUCCAUCUAGUGAUGAAUAUGAGCUAAAAAUUCAAUUAGAAGAACAAAAACGAGCUGCUGAUGAAAAAUACAGAUAUAAACAAAGACAAAUUAGAGAACUGGAAGAAGACAUCCAGAGUAUGCAAAAUACUUUAGAAGUUAUAGAACAUUUAGCAAAUAAUGCCAAAGAAAAAUUAUCAGAGAAGCAAGCUUAUUCAUUUCAACUACACAAAGAAACUGAGGAGCAGACGCCAAAAUUAGAGAGAGUAACUAAACAGUGUGCAAAACUCAUAAAAGAAAUCCGUCUUUUCAAACACACAAAAGAUGAAACACUAGAAGAAAAAGACAUUAAAUUCCGCGAAAUGAAAGAGUUUCACAAGGUCAUUGACGAAAUGUUAGUUGGUGUCUUAGAAAAUGCUGAGCUCCGUGUCAUCCUUCAGACAUACUUUCAGCAGAAUGGGUUAGAACUGCCUACUGCUAAUAUAAAAGGCAGUCACCAGAGCUCUAGAUCUCCUUCCCAGACUUCACUGCAAUCAGCAAGGUCAGCUAGGAGUACUAGCACAAGUACUUCUGCUUCUCAGACUUCGAUUAAAGUAGUAGAAUUUACCUUCCCUGAUUCUUUGCCAGCAGGUCACAGUUCUAGGCCAUCUAGCACUAGCACUGGUGCUAGUAAUGGUAAAAAUAAAAAGAGCAACAAAUAA